AAAUAAUUUUACCUGUUAUAUCGGUGCGUUUGAAAUAAAUUCUCGUCAUGGAAAACUUAACAGAAAAACUGUUUGAAUAUUUUGGACAUCGGAGAUUUAAGAGUGAACUGCAGGAGCAAGCUGUUCGAGCUAUAGAGCGGGAUGUCCAUGAUGUUUAUGUGUCAAUGCCCACUGGUUCUGGAAAGUCCCUGUGUUUCCAGCUACCAGCAAUGUUGAAAGAGAAUAAAGUGGCCAUUGUCUUCUCCCCUCUGUUGGCCCUUAUAAAGGAUCAGAUAGAUCAUCUGACCAAAUAUAAAAUUGCAGCUGAAUCUGUGAACUCAAAAAUGACAACGAAAGACAGGGAGAGAGUACUGAAUGACUUACGGAGUAUGAAACCAAAUACAAGGUUUCUGUAUGUUACCCCUGAACAAGCUGCAACUGGCACAUUUCAGUCUCUAAUGGAGCAUCUAGUCAAGUAUAGAAAGAUCUCUUAUGUAGUUGUUGAUGAAGCCCAUUGUGUAAGUGAGUGGGGGCAUGAUUUCCGCCCCGACUAUUUGAAACUUGGCAACUUGAAGGAAAGAUAUCCCAGUAUAACGUGGAUAGCAUUGACAGCUACGGCGAGUGCUGAAGUUGCCAAAGACAUUCUUGCAAAUCUGAAGUUGAGGCAACCUGUGGCUCAAUUCAAGACACCAAGCUUCAGGAAAAAUCUGUUUUAUGAUGUUAUCUAUCAGAACUGCAUAGAAGAUGAAGUGGGGCAUUUAAUGGAGUUUCUGCAAAAAUGCUUGAAAGAAGAUGAUAACGUGAAACAGAAAGACAAGAAUGUUGUAAUCGUGUACUGUCGCACUCGGGAUCAAACUGAGGAGAUAUCCCACAUGUUAAAUAAAAGAGGUCUGAAGUCAUUAGCUUAUCAUGCAGGUUUGAAGCCAUCCGAGCGUGUGGAGGUGCAGGACAAGUGGUCGCGGGGGGAGUGCCCGUGCGUGUGCGCCACUGUCUCGUUCGGGAUGGGCGUGGACAAGGCGAGUGUGCGCGCCGUGGCGCACUGGGGCCUGGCGCAGAACGUCGCGGCGUACUACCAGGAGUCGGGCAGAGCAGGGCGCGACGGCAAGCCGGCUUUCUGUCGGAUAUACUACUGUCACAGCGAACGGAACGCCGUCGACUUUCUCCUAAAGAAGGAGCGGGCCAUGGCCAAGACAGAAGAACAGAAGAAACGCUGCAAGAACGCUUACAAGAGCUUCGAGAUUAUGGUCAAAUACUGCGAGGAAGUCAAAUGUCGCCACAAGACGUUCUCGGAGUACUUCGGCGAGGAGGCCCCGCGCUGCGCGGCGCGCUGCGACGCGUGCGCCGACGAGCGCGGCGUGCGCCGAGCGCUAGACCAGCACCUGCGUCGCGCCAUGAGCGCGCGUCUCGAGCGCUCGGGGUUCGUGUCCAACGAGGACCCCUCGCAGCUCUACGGCCAGGGUCGCUAUGGCCAGCAAAAGGAAGCCGAGUCAUACUACGAGAAUGAGAGCGAAGGUUCAGACGGUGAAAGCAGCAGACGUCGAGUGGCCGAAGAGACGCGCUCGCUCAUACUCAAGGAGUUCGCCAAUAGAAGGAAAGAGAAGGACAAACGUGAUAACAAGGAAGACGAGGCUGCUAAGCACUCCAAGUGCAGGGCGGCUGACAGCACUGGGACGAAGGUUAACGGCUUAACCGUCGCCGGUCGAGAAGGCUACAUGUCACUGCUCAGGGACGCUUUGAACCACAAUCUUGCCAACAUGAAGAACACAGAAGUUCCCGACAGACCUCUAUCUAGACAUGAUGUGGAACAAUGCGCCGUAGAAAUGGAGUACGACGCAUUUUCUAAGAGCACGGUCGUCAGUCUUUAUAGAAGAGCUAUGACUAAAUUGAUAUCGGCAGUAAAAGCUUGUAAGGACUGUCUUUAUCCACAACUAAAAACAUUUGAGCCAAAGAAACGAAACACACUUGGCGAAUUCGUAAAAGAAUUUGAAGAACAAAGACAACAGAAAACGCAACAACACGGUUUUAUCACUGCAUCAGAGUUGGAAAAAGAUAACAUAUCAAGUAAGAACGAAGACAGGCCGCUAUCGAAAGCAGACAAAGAAACUAAAAGAAAAGCAAACUCUUUCAAAAGAGAUCCUCUACAACAAACUAAAUUACAGUCAUUCUUUAAAAAAACAUCACAUGAAUCUCACUCGUCAGACAAUAGCGAAGAAGAGACGCUUGUCAUUGAUGAAUGCGGUAAACAUAAUAACAACGACUCCACACUUAAGCUAGAAGAAAACGAAAAUGUGGAUAGUAAAUGUGAAAAGGAUAUCCACGACGACACUACUUUGAAAAUUGAUGAAAUUGACGAACAUGAAAAAACUGAUAACGAUGAAAGUCCAACCAAAACGUUCGUUAUAAACAUCACAUUGCAAGGUGUACCUCGUAAAACCAAGAACAAUAGCGUAAGUGAAGAUAUACCUAAUAAAAAAAGGAAAGAAAGUACGAGUGAAGAUAUACAUGAGGUUAUAAACAAACCAGUAUCCCCGUUAAAGAAGCCCACAGCUAAAAGAAAAAUAAAAGCUUUGUUUGGUGAGUCAUCUGAUAGUGAUAUAGAACCUGAAGACAUAAAUGAGGUAAAGAUGAAGUCAGAUAAAUCAACGAAGGUCAAAACGAGUCAAGAUGAGACACGAAAAGUAAAAAAAGAACAUCACGAAGCUAAAAAGAUUAAACUUGAAAAAGAUGUACCAAAAAAAGUUAAAACCGAAAAACAUGAGCAUAACAGAAUUAAGUCUGAUCAUUCAGAGUCGAAAAAGGUGAAACAAGAAAAAAGCGAAAAGGAAAUGAAACAUGUUAAGAGGGCACACGAUUCUACUCCUACAAAAAAGGACUCGAGGGAAUCGAAAAAUAAGAAAGAAGAAAAGGAGUCUACAAAUACAAAAGAACCGAAAAUUAAGAAAGAAGAAACCUCCAAGAGGAGAAAAUCACAUGAAAGCAGUAGUAAGCACACAAAAACAGGGGAACAAAAGGUUCCUGAAAAUCCACCCGGCAGCGCCAAAUCAAAUACUCAUAGUGUUAAGAAUUCAAAUUCAGUCUUUGGGGAAUUGUCAGACAGUGAUUCUGAAAAGGAGCUAGUUAUAGAUGAUGGCACAGAAUCUCAUGGCAAACAGGGGUGGGGCGAGACUCGUAAUACUUCUAAUGAAAUAGAGAGUUCAGCAGCAGAUGAUAUAAAUGCAGAUGAACCUGCACAUUCCCAGCCAAACAGCUCUAAUGAAAUAAAUAGUUCCGCUUCGAUAGAGAAUUUAGAAAUAGACGAUGUAAAGCUAGAUAAGGCGCAUAAAUUAAGUAAAGAAGCGGAUAAAGUGUUACAGGAAUUAAAGCAAUUCUCAGAAAUGCCACCUGAACCUGUAGUAGCCGUUAAGCCUUCACCUGAGAAGAAACCGCCUACGAAAAUGUCGCCAGUUACAAUAAAAUCAUCAAGUAAACACAUUUCCAAAGAAUCUUCUAAGAAAAGCAAACUGAGUUUGAACAAUAAUAAAGAAAAGCAUAAAGAGGACAGGAAACACAAGUCACACAAGUCUGAGAAAAAGGAUAGGGAAAAGAGGAAAGCUGGAGAGGAAACAUCAUCCAAGAAAUCUGAUAAAGUGGAUGUUGCUGGACUUGUGGUGAAGCUGUUGAUGCCUUAUUACAAAAAGAAAAAAAUCAGCAGCCGUGACCUGUUUAAAAUUACCGCAAGGCACAUCGUGCAUCAGUUGCUAGCGAUUCAAGUAACAGAAGAAGCAGCGAUCGACAUGCUUCUGAAGAAAGCAUUUAGCAAACAAGUGAAAAUAGAAAAUGAGAGUGACUUAGUAGUUAAAUUAAAUUUAAGCAAUAAUAUGUAAUAUUUAUUUAUAUUGUUAUCUAUUUAUGUAGAUAUUUUUUCGGCACGUUUAAAUGCCUAUCAUUAUUCUUCUAUGUCGUUUAAUAAAUAUAUUUUAAAUUAUUUAAACAAGAUUUUUUUAUGUAAAAUAUAAAUGCUAGAAUAAAUUGGUUAUUAAAUAUGUAAGACAUGACUGGAUCACACAUGAAUUAAUAUGAAUAGUAGAUUUACAUUCUUAUUUAUUUAUUAGAUUUGAGUUAAUAAAUAAUAACAACGCAAAGAAAAUAGUCAUAAAAUACAUUUAUUUAGUAACAGUUCCUUAGACAUUUGGUCGAAAAACACGAUUUUGCUUAGAGCAUUUUUUGCAUUCAUUCAUACCAUAAUAGAUCAAAUGAGCACAAAGGAUCUUAAAACUAGUUAUGUAACAUAAAUAUACUUAAUAUAAAAAGUUUUGAUUUAUUGAUGUCAGAAUGUUGAGUUGUAAAUAUAAUAAAUAUGACACCUU